GCAUGCGGUCGCGAUGUUGAACUAAUUCGACACAGCACAAUGAUGCUGGACAAGAGUCGUGUGACUGUCGUGGCAGACAUUUUAUUCAGUAAAAAACAUUCAUCAGAAGCAGGAAUCCACUGCUGCUGCUCCAGAGUCUUUGUGCAGGACAGAGAACUGUAUCGUUCGGACAAAAGACUCUUUUCAUUUGACCAACCGGAAACUGCUUUUCAAGAAGGCCACCACCAAGAAGAUGAAGAAGAAGAAGAAGAUGAAGAAGAAGAAGAAUUAGAUGAAGAGGCUCAGCUGAUGUCUAGCAUGGGUCUUCCUCUUGCCUUUGCCAGCUCUUCCAGACGACACAAAGAGGAGAAAGGCUGCAAGAAAAAGUCAGCUCCAUACCCGACUAAGCCUCUCCAAGACCAGCAGGAAGACACCACCAACCAAGACGACCGGAACGGUUUGGAGGAAGAACUGGAGACGGAGAGCCUGGGGGACCACCAUGAAGGCUGGCAGGCCUACUGGGCCCAACAGGGUGAAGGUCUGCUGUGGAGCAGCUGGCAGGACAAGCAUGGGUCUUUAGAAGGUUCCCAGGUGGCUCCUUGGGACCAUCCCAGCACCAAGACCACCUGGGACCAGCACGCCACAGACACCUACUACCUGUACUGGGAGCAGUACUCCUACUGGGCAGCACAGGGAUGGACCUGUGAGGCAGCGUCAGAGGAAGACUUCAACCUUCUUCUAGAACACAACUGCUCCUUACGCUCACCUGACUCUCAAACAACAUGGCCUCAAGUUGCUACCCACGGCCUUCCAGACCAGCCCUGUGAUGCAGGAGACUGUGGCAAGAAGUCUGAUGUUUCCUCUCAGCAGGAAGCUACCCAGCCUACAGACUCCCGACUAGCUGCUGGCAGCACCAGCCAAACAGUGACUUCCAGAAUGUUCAAUGGUGACCAUGAUGAGGAUGAUGAUGGUGGAGAUGAAGGUCCCUCAAGAGGACGUGCCAAGGUCAAACGCAGUCAUGAACUUGAUGCUGAGGAGACGCCUCAUCUGUCACGUGAUGAAGCCUGGAAGAGACUUGGACUCAAACACAAUCCACAAUCUAUGUUUGACAAUGUGUUCGACUUCAAAGACGUUCCAGGCCAGAAGCGAUGGAGGCGAUGGUGCUCCAAGAAAGGUGGCAACAGCAUCAACCAACACAUCAGGUUCACAGAGGACCAGGAGGACCAGGAGGACCAGGAGGACCAGGAGGACCAGGAGGACCUGACACAGCCACAGUGCAGCAGCACCCUUCACAAGGUGCGUGACUUCCUUGAGAAGAUAGUGUGUGAAGAUCAGAGCUCGUCAUGUGAGGAGAUGAAGGUGUCACACUCUGAUGUGUCCCCACAAGACCAGGAGAGGAAGGUGUCACACUCUGAUGUGUCCCCACAAGACCAGGAGAGGAAGGUGUCACACUCUGAUGUGUCCCCACAAGACCAGGAGAGGAAGGUGUCACACUCUGAUGUGUCCCCACAAGACCAGGAGAGGAAGGUGUCACACUCUGAUGUGUCCCCACAAGACCAGGAGAGGAAGGUGUCACACUCUGAUGUGUCCCCACAAGACCAGGAGAGAAGUAGCAGCUCCUUGGACCCUGAGGAGUGUGAAGGAACAUGUCUCCUUCCUCCUCUUCUUGAUGAAGGAACAUCUCAUCCACACUUAGAAGUUCUGCAGAUACCCCACACACCUGCUGGCAAUGGUGAUGGCAGGAAGUGUAAGAAGAAGAAGAGGAAGUGGGCCAAUAAGAAGCAGCAGCAGCAGGUCCCAGCAGACAUGGCAUCAGAACCAGGUCUGGCCAAGUACUGGGCUCAGCGCUACAGACUCUUCUCCCGCUUCGACCAAGGAAUCCGACUAGACCGAGAGGGUUGGUUCUCCGUCACGCCAGAGAAGAUCGCAGAGCACAUCGCCCUGAGAGUGGCUUGCAACUUCUCGCACGCUCAGCUGGUCAUCGAUGCCUUCUGUGGCGUGGGAGGAAACGCCAUCCAGUUUGCACUCGCUGGCAAGAGAGUGCUGGCGGUGGACAUCGACCCGCUGCGUCUGGACUUGGCGCGCCACAACGCCGCCGUCUACGGCGUGGAGCGCCACAUCGACUUCGUGCAGGGAGACUUCCUCCAGCUAGCGCCUCGUCUGCGCGGUGACGUGGUCUUCCUGUCUCCCCCCUGGGGGGGGCCAGACUACCUGACUGCCCAAGUCUUUGAUCUCAGGACCAUGAUGGAGCCCGAUGGUUUUCACAUCUUCCAUGUGGCCAAUCAGAUCACAGACAACAUCGUCUACUUCCUGCCUCGCAACGCUGACAUGGACCAGGUUGUCUCCCUGGCGGGUGCAGGAGGAAAAGUGGAAGUGGAACAAAACUUACUCAACAACAAACUGAAGACUAUCACUGCGUACUUUGGUAGUACUUUGAUCCAUUCACACUCCUGAAAACUCUCAUCAUCAUGUACGACAUGUUCAUGUACUACAUGUUCAUGUACUUCAUCAUGUACGACAUGUUCAUGUACUACAUGUUCAUGUACUUCAUCAUCAUGAACUACAUGUUCAUGUACUAAAUGUUUAUGUACUACAUGAUGUAGUAAAUGUUCAUGUACUACAUGUUCAUGUACUAAAUGUUUAUGUACUACAUGAUGUAGUAAAUGCUCAUGUACUACAUGUUUAUGUACUUCAUCAUCAUGUACUACAUGUUCAUGUACUAAAUGUUUAUGUACUACAUGAUUGUGUACUAAAUGUUUAUGUACUACAUGUUCAUGUACUAAAUGUUUAUGUACUACAUGAUCAUGUACUAAACGUUCAUGUACUAAAUGUUUAUGUACUACAUGAUUGUGUACUAAAUGUUUAUGUACUACAUGUUCAUGUACUAAAUGUUUAUGUACUACAUGAUCAUGUACUAAACGUUCAUGUACUAAAUGUUUAUGUACUACAUGAUCAUGUACUAAAUGUUCAUGUACUAAAUGUUCAUGUACUUCAUCAUCAUGUACUAAAUGUUUAUGUACUACAUGAUCAUGUACUAAAUGUUCAUGUACUAAAUGUUCAUGUACUUCAUCAUCAUGUACUAAAUGUUUAUGUACUACAUUUUCAUGUACUAAAUGUUCAUGUACUUCAUCAUCAUGUACUACAUUUUCAUGCACUAAAUGUUUAUGUACUUCAUCAUCAUGUACUACAUGUUCAUGUACUAAAUGUUUAUGUACUACAUGAUUGUGUACUAAAUGUUUAUGUACUACAUGUUCAUGUACUAAAUGUUUAUGUACUACAUGAUCAUGUACUAAACGUUCAUGUACUAAAUGUUUAUGUACUACAUGAUUGUGUACUAAAUGUUUAUGUACUACAUGUUCAUGUACUAAAUGUUUAUGUACUACAUGAUCAUGUACUAAACGUUCAUGUACUAAAUGUUUAUGUACUACAUGAUUGUGUACUAAAUGUUUAUGUACUACAUGUUCAUGUACUAAAUGUUUAUGUACUACAUGAUCAUGUACUAAACGUUCAUGUACUAAAUGUUUAUGUACUACAUGAUCAUGUACUAAAUGUUCAUGUACUAAAUGUUCAUGCACUUCAUCAUCAUGUACUAAAUGUUUAUGUACUAAAUGUUUAUGUACUUCAUCAUCAUGUACUACAUGUUAAUGUACUUCAUCAUCAUGUACUACAUUUUCAUGCACUAAAUGUUUAUGUACUUCAUCAUUAUGUACUACUUGUUCAUGUACUAAAUGUUUAUGUACUUCAUUAUCAUGUACUAAAUGUUCAAGUACUACAUGAUCAUGUACUAAAUGUUCAUGUACUACAUGUUCAUGUACUACAUGAUCAUGUACUAAAUGUUCAUGUACUACAUAAUUAUGUACUGAAUGUUCAUGCACUACAUGAAUAUGUACUAAAUGUUCUUAAACUAUAGUAUGUACUAAAUGUUCAUAUACUAGAUGAUCAUGUACAAAAUGUUCAUGUAUUACAUGAUUAUGUACUAAAUGUUCUUCAACUAUAUUAUGUACUACAUGAUCAUGUAUUACGGGUACUUGUGAUCAGCGACUACAUGUAGUACUUCAUAGUACCAUGUUUUUUUCUACUUUUUAAAUCAUUGAAGGCUUGUUUUGUUUUGUUUGUUUCAUUGUAACUUUUUAAAUACUAGUACUAGUACUACUACUUUAAUUCAUGUUUUUUUUUUUUUACUGCGUAUCUUUUAAAGGUUACCAUGUUACUAGUCAAAUGUGCUACUUAUUAAACGAUUACAUUUGAAUUGUGUUCCAUGGACUUAAACACAACAUCACAGUCCUCAGACUUCAUGGUAAGGUCUAUCCAGGUGUACCGGAGAGGUAAGGUCUAUCCAGGUGUACCGGAGAGUACCAGCCUAAUAAGUACCACUACAACAUAAUUAAUGAUUAUGUUGUAGUAUUAAAUAUAUCUACAUGUAUAAGUUUGUAUUAAAUAUAUCUACAUGUAGAAGUUUGUAUUAAAUAUAUCUACAUGUAGAAGUUUGUAUUAAAUAUAUCUACAUGUAGAAGUUUGU